UUGCCAUCGCUUUACCCACAGAAAGCUUAUUUAAAAAGGAAAGGGAUGAGUCCAACGCUCCUGACUCCGUAACCCCCUUUCAAAAGAACCCAGCUUUCGCUCUCCCUCUCUCUCUCUGGCCGCGCGUCCCUCCAAACUGGAUCGGCAUAAAUGAAUGAAACACAAGGGAAUAUCGACAGACAACCGCACAGGAAAACUCUCUGUCAAAGCAGCCUGUCAGGAGGAAUUUAUACUGGACUUGACAGGCAAAUUAACAUGAGUUUUUUCCUCUGGAACUUCACCUCAAGCUUGUCAAAUGCGUAAAGCGGCGACCGGUGUCUUUUUUUGCCCCCCUUGCAAAGGAGUCACACUGUGAUUAAAGGAUCAGGUUUUUGACUGCCAGGACAAAUGAAUACAAAUGAAUUUAGGCACCCGAAGGAGAGAUUGCAGAACCUCUCAUCUAGACACAAAGAGAGCCCUAUUGCUCUGUACCAUUUUAUAUUGUACUUGUUACCUGGGACUUACACAAGUACCCUCUGAAGAUGUGGACAUUCUCCAAAAGUUGGGGCUUAAGGGAGAGAGGACAUCACGCAUUCUGCCGGCAGGAGUCAUUCCGUUCAGAUCGGGGAUCAUCCUCAACCAGCGGGCGCAUAUUGAGGCUCCAUUGCGAUCAAUCUUUCCUCCGGCCAUCUGGCCUAACCUCACGCUGGUCCUGAGUGUACGCUCUCACCGUAUCAACAGCGCUUUCCUUUUCACCCUGCUCUCAGACCACAAGAAGCUGCUUCUUGGUCUACAGCUUGUACCGGGAAACCUGGUCCUACACACGGGACCAAAUACCUCUGUGGCACUGCCCUAUGAGCCCCACGAUGGCAAGUGGCACCAGCUGGGUCUGGGAAUUAAUGGACAGAGAGUGACUCUAUAUGCCUCCUGCGGAGGGCAGAGUGUUCAUGCAGACUUUGGGUGGGACAGUGAAAAGGGGCUGGCUCCAGAGCUCCAUGGCUCGCUGCUGCUGGGGAGGACAAGCCAGCAGCAAACUUCAGCACACUUUGAAGGAGCCAUUUGCCAGUUUGAUCUGGUCCCUUCUGCACAGGCAGCUCACAACUAUUGCAGGUACAUUAAGAAACAGUGCAGGGAAGCUGACACGUACAGGCCUAACCUUUCUCCUUUGCUGCCUAUUGUACCGAGAGAAAGAAACAUCACAGCUACUGCUGCUACCCCUAAACGUGGAAGCCCAGUAACCGCCAGGAAAACCACAGGGUUCAGCCUCGCCAGGAGCGCUGCUGCUGCAGCCUCAGCUGUCAGAUAUGUGGCCCCCACCCAAACGAUAAAACCGAACCAAGGGACCAUCAUCCCAAAGACCCUGUUGGGAACUGUGAUACCAGUUACAGACCAAGUUGGUUUGGCUUCACCACCUCUCAAGACCAGAACCAGCACUGUCACAACACCACUCAGGACAGGAGCACCACCCACGAAACCAUCAACGGCAAGACCCUCCAGUCCUAAAGCUUUUAAUCAGAAAUCCUCUAAACCUACUCCAUCAAAAUCCACUUCAUCAAAACCCACUCCCCCAAAACCCACUCCAUCAAAACACAGUCCACCAAAACCCACUCCCCCAAAACACAGUCCACCAAAACCCACUUCAUCAAAACACAGUCCACCAAAACCCACUCCAUCAAAACACACUCCACCAAAACCCAGUCUCUCUUAUCCCACUCCAUCAAAACCCAGUCCGAUAAAACCCAGUCCCUCAAAACCCACACUCUCUAAACCCACUCUGUCAAAACCCACCCCUCAAAACAACCCAAAAAAUGCAAGUGUGGGAACAAGCAAUUCAAAGAAACCUACGAUACCAGUCAGUACCAGCACCAAACCCUCCAAGACAAAGCCUAAACCUGCAUUAUUAGACCAAGGUGCAGUCCCAAAGAAACCCCAACCCACCAGAGCCAGUAAAACUCCUUCCAAGUCUAAAGUUACAUCAUCGAAAGCCACUCCGUCCAAACCCAAACCAGAUUCUCUAAAAGAUGCUCCUUUUAAACCAACAACAUCAAAGGUCAACCGCUCAAAAUCAGCCACCCCCAAACCUACAGCUGCUAAAACCCCUAAGCCAACAAAGCAACCAAUGACCACCAAGGCUCCAGUCACCCCAAGACCUACUAAACCUUCAUACAACCCAGUUACACCACCUGCUACUGAUGGCUUCCAGAGCUGGGAGGUGCCACCUACGCAAUUCUCCAUGCUGGUAGAAGCUAAGGGAGAGAAAGGAAAUGUAGGACCGCAGGGGCUGCCUGGACCUCCAGGGAAGCCAGGCGUGCUAGGCAAGAGGGGUCCUCGGGGCCCCCCUGGUCCACAUGGAAACCCUGGGAGACCCGGUCCACCUGGAUUCAAGGGGAACAAAGGUGACCCUGGAAUCUCACCUGGACCAGCACCCAAAGGAGAGAAGGGAGACUCGGGGAUCAUUGGCCCAGUUGGAAUGAUUGGCCAGCCAGGUCGAAAGGGACAGAAAGGUUUCCCUGGCCAACCUGGACUCCCUGGAGAGCCUGGUGAGCAAGGUCCAGUUGGGAGCCCAGGUGCCAAAGGUUAUCCUGGCAGGCAGGGUUUACCUGGGCCUAUAGGACCGAUGGGGCCUAAAGGCGUUCGGGGUUUCAUUGGAAUCCCAGGCCUUUUUGGCCUGCCCGGUCCUGAUGGCGAAAGAGGUAUACCCGGCGAACCAGGGAAGAGGGGCAAGAUGGGUAGGCCGGGGUUUCCUGGUGACUUUGGGGAGAGAGGACCGCCUGGGCCAGAUGGAGAGCCAGGUAACAUGGGAGCCCCCGGUCCAAACGGAGUUCCUGGACUUAUUGGAGACAUGGGACCUGUGGGACAGAUUGGCCCGCCAGGACCUAAUGGACUGAAGGGGGUGCCUGGAAAUCCAGGAGAACCAGGACUGAAAGGUGAUAAGGGUGAAAUUGGGAUUCCUGGAGAGCAAGGGGAGAUUGGAUUCAAAGGAGACAAGGGUGUCCAGGGGGCCCCAGGUUUACCAGGCAUCCGUGGGAAACCGGGACCACAGGGAAAGCCAGGAGAGAAAGGUCCCGAUGGUACCCCUGGACCUCUGGGCCCUGAGGGUUUUCCUGGUGACAUGGGACCACCAGGAGAGAACGGCCUUGAAGGACCAAAGGGAAAACCAGGGGCUAGAGGUUUACCAGGCCCACGAGGGAUCCCUGGCUUGGAGGGAGACGAGGGCCCUAUUGGACCACCGGGCCUAACAGGACUCGAGGGUAGAAUGGGCAGGCAAGGAUUCCCUGGGAUACUCGGUACAGAGGGAGUUAAGGGAGAGCCCGGCAUCACUGGAAAUGUUGGACCCAUGGGAGAGAGAGGCUUGGUGGGCUUCAUUGGACCUGUGGGAGAGGCGGGACUGGCAGGAGAGAAGGGAGAUCGAGGGGAGAUGGGCCUUCCUGGACCACCUGGAGAAAAGGGACCAACGGGUCACCCGGGGGGACCAGGUGAGGCCGGACCUACUGGACCACAAGGAAGACCAGGCCCUCCUGGAGCGACUGGGCCAACUGGUACCAGAGGGCCUAAAGGCUUGCGGGGAGCGAAAGGGCCUGACGGUCCAGCUGGAGAGAUUGGAUUAGAGGGCAAGAAGGGUCCUGAUGGUCCUCCAGGAAAAUUAGGUUUCCCUGGACCGCAGGGAAAGCAAGGAGAACCAGGAGAAACCGGACCUAAAGGAUUUUCUGGUAUCCAGGGGCCUUCUGGAUCUCCAGGGGACAAGGGAAUAGCGGGCGAGCCAGGACCGGCAGGGCCACGUGGGACUAUCGGACCUUUGGGAGAGACUGGUCAAAAGGGUCCUCCAGGAAAAGUGGGUGAACCAGGACUGUCAGGGGAGCCAGGGGAGAAGGGAGCCAUUGGACUUCCUGGGAAUAUCGGAGAGCAGGGACUAAUAGGACAGCGGGGAGAGCCAGGUCUAGAGGGAGAAGCUGGUCCGGCUGGUCCUGAUGGAACCAAGGGGGAAAAAGGUGACAUGGGUCAGGAGGGUGACAAAGGAGAAAAAGGUGAAACCGGACAAAAGGGAAAGGAGGGCCCCCCUGGAAGUCCUGGAUUCACUGGUGUCAGAGGUCCAGAAGGGAAGCCUGGCAAAAUUGGGGAACAAGGCAAACCAGGGUCAAAGGGUGCCAAAGGUAAUCAAGGUCACCUCGGGGAGACUGGGUCAGUGGGGAAGACUGGACCGCCGGGUUUUGUUGGGCCAAAGGGUUCCAGGGGAACUAUUGGUCAUGUGGGAGCUCCCGGUCGAAUGGGUCAACAGGGGGAGCCUGGUCUUGCAGGUUAUGAGGGCCAUCAGGGACCUCAAGGCCCCAUAGGGCCUCAGGGACCAAAAGGUGAAAAGGGCGAACAAGGGGAUGAUGGGAAGGUAGAGGGUCCUCCUGGUCCUCCGGGUGACAUGGGACCUCCAGGGGACAGAGGAGAAAGAGGGGAGCCAGGAGAUCCUGGGUACAAAGGGCAAAUUGGUGUGGAUGGUGAGCGAGGUAGACCCGGUGCUCCCGGACUGCCAGGACAUCCUGGACCUCAAGGACAGCUAGGACCCAAAGGGGGCAAAGGAGAUCAAGGUCAGAAAGGCAAACAGGGUCAGCCAGGACCAAAAGGAGCCAGAGGACCAGAAGGUGUAGGUGGUCCUCCUGGUCCUAGAGGUGUGGUGGGCCGAGAAGGUCAGGAGGGUGUACCCGGGGUGGAUGGAGUCCCAGGAAAAGAUGGCAGUGUAGGAAUCCCGGGAGAGCAUGGUGACGAUGGGGAGGCUGGUCUUCCUGGAAAAGCUGGCUUGCGUGGUAAAACUGGCGUUCCAGGACUCCCAGGAGAUCAGGGAGCUUUUGGACCAAAGGGUGAGCGGGGUCUUCCGGGUCAGAGUGGACCUCCCGGAAAAAGAGGCUUCAAAGGUGGAAUGGGAUUGCCAGGGCCACAGGGCGACAAAGGACCUAAAGGACAACCUGGUGACACAGGAGAGUCAGGUUUUCCAGGAGUUCUGGGAGUUUUUGGACCAAGGGGGCCUCCAGGAGACUUUGGGCCAAAGGGCAUAAGAGGGCCAAAAGGGCCCCAAGGAUCAGUGGGUAGACGAGGAAUUGUUGGUCCCGUAGGAAUUAUUGGUCCCAAUGGAAGAGCAGGUUCUCGAGGACAGAAAGGCAAUCGUGGCGAGACUGGAGCUCAAGGUCCAAGGGGAUCUCCUGGACCUCGUGGACCACCUGGACGUCCAGGUCCUCCAGGUGUCCCUCUGUCAUUUAAAGAAGAUGGUGUAUUGUUUAUGGAUUUACCCACCCCACUCAGGACUGAGAAUAAGCCUGUGAUGGACCUGCCGAUGCUGGACCAAGGUGCAGAGAUCUUCAAGACCCUCCACUACCUCAGUAACCUGAUCCAGAGCCUGAAGAACCCACUGGGCACUCGGACCAACCCUGCCCGUAUCUGCAGGGACCUGCACAGCUGUGAACAGAAGUUAAAUGAUGGCACGUACUGGAUUGACCCCAACCUGGGUUGCAUGUCAGACACAAUAGAAGUCACCUGCAACUUUACCGGAGGUGGACAGACUUGCCUGAAACCAUUAACAGUGUCCAAACCAACAGUCAGUGUUGGUCGUGUUCAGAUGAACUUCCUCCACCUGCUGAGCUCAGAGGCCGUGCAGCACAUCAUCAUCCACUGCCUGGAUGUCUCUAUUUGGAGGUCAGCUGAGGAUCAGCCUGUUGAACAGGGGUCUGUGAAAUUCAAGGCCUGGAGUGGGGAGGUGUUUGAGGUGGGAGGAGAGUUGGAGCCAGAAGUCUUGGAGGAUUCCUGCUGGAUAAAAGAUGGGCGCUGGCACCAGACCCAUUUUGUGUUCCACUCCCUAGACCCCACACUCCUCCCUGUGGUUGACAUUUACAACCUGCCAAAAGCUAGUCCCGGCUCUCAUUACCACCUGGAAGUGAGCCCUGUUUGCUUCCUGUGAGACUGUGUCUUCAGAGCCAAACCGUGGCCAAACACUGUCCAAGCAAGAAGAUGCCACCAACCCCCAAACAGAUCCUGCUUCGCUCUGCCAAACUCCCUGGACUGCAAACACAGAGGGAGGAAGCACAGGGACCUCGGGCUGGAGCCGGGGGCAAAGAAGGGCUGAGAAAGAACAGGGCAGUUCUCGCACUACAACCUUCUUCAGGCUCUUCGAAAAGGAUCUUCUCAUAUACGCUUACUUGGAGAAAAUAAAGGCGCUAUGCCACAAAAUCUCUCCAGAACAUUUCUAAGUGAAGGGAGACAAAGGCCAAGUUAAUCAGUGGACAUUAUAGUAACUUAUUUUUGUAUACAGUCUGUAUACUGAGCGUACUUUUGGGGGAGAAAUACCAGAAAUUUAUUUCUGCAAGAAGAAAAGAAUUAAAGUAAUCCGGAUUAGUUCAAUGUACAUAUUUAUAUAUAUAUGCUUAUAAUUAACUUUUAUACCUGUAUAUCUUAUGUAAAUUAAUAAUAAUAGUAAUAAUAAUAAUAAUAAUAAUAUUCUUUAAGUGCAAUAGAAAACAAGAAGAUAAUUUGGUGUUUUAAAUCUAUAUGGAAGGAUUUGUCAGGGGUGCCUUUUUUUUUUUUUUUGCCUUUGGUGCUCAUCUUCUCGUGAUCCGGCAUAGGUGAAUCAAUCCAGAGGGAGAGUUGUUUGCUUAAAUUGAGCAGAAGUCACAUUUAUAUUUGUUUUACUCCAUUGGGAGAUUUCCCUGAUGUGGGAAACAGCCAGUGGCACACAGUUAGCCCUCAGUAAAUUACAUCCAAAGCCACAAGCCAAUACCUAUCCACAGGGGGUAUAUUAAAUACUUACUAGACCAGAUGCCACUGAUGAUUAGGGAGAAUUUAGAUGGAGAUUAGGGGUCAGGUUUAGGGAGACUACGGAGCUCAGGUUCUCAGUAGUGUUUCUCUAACUGUGGAGUGUCCUUGCUUCUUUAUUUAUCAUUUACAGUAAAAGGUAGGUGUUCUUUUUAAAUCAGCAUCAGUCAUAAACCUCUCCUACCCCACCUAUACAGCGAUCUUUAGAGGGGAACUGAGCCACAUGAGAGAGUAGUGUGAAUACAGGAAUCCAAAUCAACCUCCAUUUCUAAGCCUGUCGUCGCUCUACUGCCUGGUGCUAGGUAAACUGUUUAAGGUGCUAGCCAUAGUGCUGUAUUUACACCACUGUGCAAAAAUAUCCCAAUGUUUAUAGUGUUUGCAUGCUUAAACAAAUCAAAAAAUAUUGCCAUAGCUGUAUAAUGCACUAUAAUAGCGAUAUCCCAUCUAACACUACAGAAUUCCCAUAAAGUCAGUCAUCUGUCAUUUAUGUAAAUGUGUUCAGUGCUGCAAUUGUAGGUGUAUUAGAGAGCUUAUUACUGGAAAAAAAAACAAAAAACAUUUCUGCUUUUGCAUGCCCGCAUAAAUCUCAGCAUUUGAAGUAUUUUUUAAGGCUAAAAUUGUUUUCUCUGUACAAAGCCCCUUCUCUCCCACAGGUGUAUGUAUUAAGUGUAGAGACACACCAGUGGAGAUAGUUUUUACUAAAUGAUAAUAAUAUUAAUUAAAAAAAACAUUUCUUUGAUGUAGCUGGACACAAAUGUGUAUAAUUGUGUAAACCUCGCUGUAUACAAUGGAUCCCCUCUUGCUAAUUUAAUGUUAUUUAAUGUUGUUAAUGUGGUUGCUGACUGAAGCAAGUUUCUGUUGGUUGAAGCAAUACUACUCUUUCUGACAACUUUCGAAAAAUCAGUUAUCCCAACUGGUCUUGGAGUUUAUAGAUUUGUUUUAUGUGUAAAUUUGGGACUCCAGAGAACAAAUUUAUUGCAAUGUUAAUUCUUUUAUUUUUGUAACUUUUUUUUCCGUUAUGUUCCUCUAUGAUAAUCAAACAUGUACUGUACCAGGAUUGUGCUAUUCUAUCACUUGUGUUUUUAAAGAA